AUAAUAGCAGCAAGUGUUGAGGUAAUUUCAAAAUUUAGGACUGAAUCUGAAGCAGUUGGAAGGGUUAGGUCUUUCCACUCUCUUUCCGCCUCAUCUCCAAUAUCUUCACUCCCUUCUGCUCCCCAAAACACCCAACUACUCUCGUCUCAGGAGGAGACCAGUACAAUUUAGAAAUAUAGAAUAAAAUUAACUUGAAAUGAUGCUGGAAUCUGCAUUGGCCUUCCCUGCACCACCCUCACCCACUCUUCCAGAACCCACUGGCUGUCACUGAAUGACUUCUUCCUUCCUGCCCCAAAGUAACAGAUCCCCUUUGCCUAGGAGAGAGGGGUGUAGCCGCAGUCAAAGGGGAGAUAAGUAGGACUGUCAUCUGUUUCCAGUCUCUACAUGUCCUCCACUGUGACAAGUAAACCAUGCAAAUAAGCAAAAGCCUUGGUUAUCCCAUAGAGACAGAGGAAGCACCUAUUUAUUCUAACAUUUAUUUCAUUCCUUUAGACGCAGAGUAUCAUUCUGGCAUUUGUAUAAGACUUGUCUGCAUUUGGAGACAGGAAAGAUCAAAAGUCACAUUAGCAACCAAGGAAAUGAAAGAAAUCAGAUUACUUCAGCUGCUCAAUAUAUGGAGUAUCCUUGGAUAUAAAUGAACAUAUGAACAAGUUUGCCUCCCUUAUAACAUAAGAAAUAUACAGUUGCACUUCCAUGAGGCAAUGGGGAAGCAGUGCAGAUUUUAAGUUUUUUAUCUAGAUGAUUUUCAAGUCAUUGACUGGUGUGAAGCUGUUUGGAGGAGUGAGAUCUCAAAAGGAAUGGAGCUGAGAAAAGCAGCAGAAAAAAUUGUGUUAUUUGCUAAAAGAACUGCUACUUCUCAUAACUGAAGUGGCUCAGAGCAUCCAUGCUCCUGAUGAGCUCAAAAAUCUGAAGGAAACAUGGGACGCUUCUUGUCCUUCUGGGAAACAAACACCAGUAAGCAGAAUCCCACCCAUGCAUUCAUGCCACCAUACCAUUUUAUAGAUAUGGAGAAAUUCCUCUUUUAUUGACACUUUUCAAAAGCAAAAAUUAUUCUGGAUGUCAUCAUCAUUAAACUGUUAGUCAGUGACAUUUGCUCUGCCCAGUUUGUUUGAAAAAGAGGUGUCCUAAUUUACUAGGUAUUUUCUAGAAGAUCCAGAUCUAAUGGAUGUAAAACCAAACCAAACCGAUCAGUCAAACAAUCAAACAAAUGAUAAUAAUAAUAUUAAAACAACACUAGAAAAAUAUGUAUGGACUCAAUUACACUAUCAUUUGUAGCCAUUCAAAAUUCACAGAGUCAUCAGCAGAUCAAAAGUAGAUCUGUUUGGAAAAUAAUAGCAGAUGUAUAUUUUAUUAAUUUUGAACAGUUAAAAACUUCAAAAAUGUGGAAUGAGACUGUGUGCUACCUUAGAGGAAAUCUGGUCAGAGGCUUCCUAAAACUAAGAUUCAGUGGGGUAAGGGGAACAUUAAGGGAGCUAGGCUUGUUCAGUUUGGAAAGGAAAGGCUCCUGGGAGAUCUCAUUGUGACCUUCCAGUACUUAAAAGGAGAUUACAAACAUGAGGGAGACUGACUUUUUGCAUGGUCUGACAGUGAUAGGACAAGAGGGAAUGGUUUUAAACUAAAAGAGGGGACACUUAAAUUGGAUGUUAGGAUAAAAAUUUUCACUGUGAGGGUGUUGAGGCACUGGCACAGGCUGCCCAGAGAAGCUGUGAGUGCCCCGUUCCUGGAGGCAUUCAAGGCCAGGUUGGAUAGGGCCCUGGGCAGCCUGAGCUGGUGGGUGGCAGCCCUGCCCAUGGUGGGGGGUUGGAACUGGGUGGGCUUUAAGGUCCCUUCCAACCCAAACCAUUCUGUGAUUCUAUGAUAAGAUUCUCUGAUAACACAGAAUACUGGAUUAAGAAUGUACUGAACCAGCAACACAAGUGAAGUAUUUCUGGAGUUGUACGAUGAAAUAAUAAUAACAUUAGUUAAAUUGGCCUCUGUAAAAUAGGUAUUUUUUAAUUAUGGAUUAUAAAGCAAUGAAAACAAUAUCUAAACUGACACUGGUUUCCAUCUUACAUGGGUUUCUCAAGGAAGACAGAAACAAUAGAACGUUCCGUCAUAAAUAAUUAUCUGCUCAGCUACACAGUUGAGUGGAAAAAGAUCAAGCCUGGGUGGUUUAUCUCACAGUUAUAACAAAUGAGUCCUUAGCAGUUUGCAGCAUUGGACCCAAAGUACAUACGAGUAACUGUUAAUAUGUGUAUGAGUUAUGUACAAUAUUUUACUCAUAACCAUAUAAUCUAUUGAAGUAACAAGAAACUCUUAAUGCUGAACUGUGAUUUGUAUAAGAUAAUUGUGUAUUUGGAGAUUACACAAGCUUAACUGGUUUAUCAAAAUGUAUCAUUUACAAAAAUUUCAAAUACCUUAUGCAGAACAAACAGACAAUGCUUUGAUUUUGAUAAUGUAAGGAUGGCAAGAAUAGAAGUCUCUGAUCGUAUCUGGUUCAAAAAGUCAUGAGGGUUCACUGGGCUACAGACACAUUAGGUUAUGGUAGUAUUUGAUCUUAAAUGCUUCAGAUAUUAAGUGUGUUUUUUCUAUAAUUGACAGUAAUUCUGAAUUUGCUGUAUACCUCACACACACACUGUAGUAACAUAAUAACUUGAGUUGCAUUCUGAGCUAAAUAACCCCUAUGGUUCUACCUAGUAUCUAGUCUCACUGAUUUUUUGAGGACUGGAAAUGAGAAAGCAUUGCCCUUGUCUUUGGAAGAAUUGAUAUUCCACUGGACACAGUGGGAAGAGGGUGGAGGAGAUGGCAGUUCUGAGGCUGUCCCAAUUGCAUUCUUUCAGAGUGACCACAAGAUGGUGCCUUCUAUUUUAUCAGAGAGCAAUUUAAUUGUUACUUUUUCAAUAGAAUUUAUGUCACAAUGUUAACUUACAUUUUAUUUUUAUUUUUUAUUUUUAGUUGUGGCCUUUUUAAAAAAUGCUAAAAACUUGGGUUCUGUUGUUUAUAAUGCAAACAUCUAAUUAUGUCAUCUGCUUGGAAACAUGUUACUAGGGAAACCUUUUUUACCUAGCCAAUCUUGACAAUAAAUGUUCUGCUAUUUGCAUUUUAUAAUUGCUUUUACUGGUGAAUGACCUACUCUUUGAUUUUAACAGGCACUUGAAGGGCAGUGAAUAAGCAAUGUUAGAAACAGAAGCCAUCUAAAACAAUUACUACAUCCCUUUUUUGUUGAUAUGUUUCAAUGUGUCAUGGAUUUAUGUCUACUUCAUACAUUUAUUUUUGUAGAGCACAUGCUAUUAUCAUAAAAGCCAGGGAAAAAAAUUGACUUGUAGAC